CGAGGCGCGGGCGCUCGACGACCCCCGGCUCGCGGAGCUGCGCGGGCUCGCCCAGCAGGGCCUGGUGGACCAGGCCGAGGACGUGCUGUACGAGAUGCUCGACGUGGGGCAGGAGCCCCGGGCCGCGCACUACAGCGCGGUGAUCGACGCCUGCGCGUCCGCCGCGGACUACGAGCGGGCGGAGAGGUGGCUGUUCCGCAUGCAGGCGCUGGAGGUGCAGCCCGACAUAUCGACCUUCAACGCGCUCCUCAAGGUGGCGGCCGAGGCCAAGGAUGCAAGUGGAGCUGGCCAGAUCAUCGAGGACAUCGAGGCGGCCGGGCUCGAGCCAACGCUGGAGAGCUUCAACAUGGUGCUGCGUGCCGUCAGGGGCACCGGCGACGCGUUCAGUGUCGAGCCCUGGCUCGAGAGGAUAUACGCCUGCGGGAUGCGGCCCGACGCCUCGUGCCUCAAGUCUGUCGUGGCCACCUUCGCAGACAACGGGCUGAUGGACAAGGUCGAGGAGUGGCUGGCCAUCAUGCACCAGGCGUUCCCUGGCACUCUCGACGCCGACGUCUUCAACAUGGCCAUGCGGGCGUACGCCUCCCAGGACAGGGUUCGCCAGGCGGAGCGCGUCUUCGAGUACAUGGAGGGGAUGGGUGUGCAGCCAAACGCCGAGAGCUACGCCAUCCUGACGGGAGACGGCGCUGCGUACAGGGACCCGUCGGCGGUGGAGCAGUGGUCGCAGCGGCUGCUGGACGCCGGCGUGGAGAUCGACCAGCAGUCGUACGUCGCGGUGAUCGGGGCCUGGGCCGGCGCGGGCGACGCGUCCAAGGUGGACGAGUGGUUCAUGCGCAUGGUCGGCGAGCGCAAGCACAAUGCGGACGCCCUCGCCCUCGUGGUCGACACGCUCAUGCUGGUCGGCGGGGAGGAAAACGAGGAGACGGCGCUGGAGUGGGUGAGCCAGUUCCGUGACGCGGGCAUGCCCUUGUCGCCAGCGGUGUACGCCGCCAUGGUCAGUGGGGACGUGUACAGCGGAGACUUCGAACAGGUG